ACAGUGUGGAAGUGUGUAGCUGCAUGUAGACAGUUCAUCAUACCGAAAAGCAAACGGCAAACAACCGCGUCAAGAUGAUCUUCGUUUUGCUUGCUCUUUUUGUUGCAAGUGCAGUCAGCCUGGAUCUCAACAGAGAAGGUUGUGGUUCACUGCUCAAAGGUGCUACGUUCAGUGCUACAUCUGGGAAUGCUGGUUUUCCUUCGCUGUGUAACAAGCCAUGGAUACCCAAGUCCCUGGACAAUGAUCAAAAGCUGACCGUUGAUUUGGGCGAAGCGGCUAGUAUUUCUAGGGUGCUGUUCGCUGGGGAUCCCACCAAACCCGACACAACGAACCAGAUCAAAUUAUUCUACAGCAACGAUGGAAACACUUGGGACUGUAUCUCAAAUGGCUCACCAUCCCCCUGCAGACCGUUCUAUUCAAACAGGCCCCCUCCAGUAAAAGGAAGUGACGUCAACGAAGUUGAUCUUCCUACAGUCAUAAAGGCGCGCUACUUCAGGUUUCAGCCACUCGAACCCAGUCCUAAAUACCGGGACGGUUCAUCGAGCUUGAGGGUUGACCUCAUUGGGUGCCGCGAAUAAGGUAAAGAUCCAAAAUAUCUGUUGAAUUUUAAUCU